GCAUGUGUGCAUAAUGUCAUUGGUUGUCAGAUAACGAUCGCGUUAUGUAGUUUAGGCACCAACAACAGAUUAUACAGUUGAAGUCAGAAGUUUACAUACACUUUAGCCAAAUACAUUUAAAUUCAGUUUUUCACAAUUCCUGACAUUUAAUCCUAGUAAAAAUUCAGGUCAGUUAGGAUCACCACUUUAUUUUAAGAAUGUGAAAUGUCAGAAUAAUAGGAGAUAAUUAUUUAUUUCAGCUUUUAUUUCUUUCAUCACUUUCCCAGUGGGUCAGAAGUUUACAUACACUCAAUUAGUAUUUGGUAGCAUUGCCUUUACGUUGUUUAACUUGGGUCAAACAUUUCGGGUAGCCUUCCACAAGCUUCCCACAAUAAAUUGGGUGAAUUUUGGCCCAUUCCUCCUGACAGUGCUGGUGUAAAUGAGUCAGGUUUGUAGGCAUCCUCGCUUGCACACGCUUUUUCAGUUCUGCCCACACAUUUUCUAUAGGAUUGAGGUCAGGGCUUUGUGAUGGCCACUCCAAUACCUUGACUUUGUUGUCCUUAAGCCAUUUUGCCACAACCUAUGCUUGGGAAGUAUGCUUGUGGUGAUUGUCCAUUUGGAAGACCUAUUUAACUUCCUGACUGAUGUCUUGAGAUGUUGCUUCAAUAUAUCCACAUAAUUUUCUAUCCUCAUGAUGCCAUCCAUUUUAUGAAGUCCCUCUUGCAGCAAAGCACCCCCACAACAUGAUGCUGCCACCCCCAUGCUUCACGGUUGGGAUGGUGUUCUUCGGUUUGCAAGCCUCCCCCUUUUUCCUCCAAACAUAACGAUGGUCAUGAUGGCCAAACAGUUCUAUUUUUGUUUCAUCAGGCCAGAGGACAUUUCUCCAAAAGUACGAUCUUUGUCCCCAUGUGCAGUUGCAAACCGUAGUCUGGCUUUUUUAUGGCGGUUCUGGAGCAGUGGUCUCUUCCUUGCUGAGAAGCCUUUGAGGUUAUGUCGAUGUUGUUUGUACAGAUGAAUGUGGUACCUUCAGGCGUUUGGAUAUUGCUCCCAAGGAUGAACCAGACUUGUGGAGGUCUACACUUUUUUUUCUGAGGUCUUGGCUGAUUUAUUUUGAUUUUCCCAUGAUGUCAAGCAAAGAGGCACUGAGUUUGAAGGCACUGAGUUUGAAUACAUCCACAGGGACACCUCCAAUUGACUCAAAUGAUGUCAAUUAGCCUAUCAGAAGCUUCUAAAGCCAUGGAAGCUUCUAAAGCCAAGGGAUUUUCCAGGCUGUUUAAAGGCACAGUCAACGUAGUGUAUGUAAACUUCUGACCCACUGGAAUUGUGAUACAGUGAGUUAUAAGCAAAAUUAUCUGUCUGUAAACAAUUGUUGGAAAUAUUACUUGUCAUGCACAAAGUAGAUGUCCUAACCAACGUUCCCAAACUAUAGUUUGUUAACAAGACAUUUGUGGAGUGGUUGAAAAACAAUUUUUAAUGAUUCCGACCUAAUUGUAUGUAAACUUCCAACUUCAACUGUAUAUUAAUAAGAACAUUUAAAAAAUUAAUACCAACAAUAGUUUAUUUUUUGUGAAAUUUCUUUAAUUUAAUUGAGUCAUUUUACAGAGGGGGAUUACAGGUACAAAAACAAGCAAAGAAAUGCAUACAAAAUAACCCCAAUCCAUUCCCCAUCCACCCUCCUGCAUCCGCCCCACCCAGAAACCAUGCCCCACUUACCCUACCCAACGAAACCAUGCCUCUCACUCCUUCCCAUUCCACCCACCAAACGAGGUUGCUUAUCAGUCCCACUCCCACCCAUCCAUCCCCAGAGUCUCAAUUGUUCCUUGACUAGCACAUUCAUUCUCUUUGUCGAUCAUUUUAUUGUUAUAACUUCUAGUAGUAACUGUAUCCCCUGGUUAAAUGGGAAAGAAAGAGGUACCAUUUAGACCCCCCCAAAACUCGCUGCAGUGAGGCCUGCCAGCAAUACUUUUCUCUGAUUGAUUGAGAGAUUCAAGGUGCUAUCAUUGUCAGAUAAAAUAAUAGGUGCAAAGCUUUGAAUAUUUAAAUUCAUGCACUUCGAAAUUAAUGUUGUAACUUUUCCCCAGAAGUAAUUUUAAGUGCAGGGCACUCCCACAUCAUAUGAAGGAAUGUGCCUACCUGAUUUAGGGGACACAGUGAAUAGUUGGGAGUUGGGACCAAUUUAAUCAUAAAACGUUUCCUUGGUGUUAAAUACACAGUCUGUGAACACAUUGAUGUAUACAUUUAUGGUUCGGAUUAGGGGAUGCCAUGGUCUUAUUUUUCCAUAUUAUGUUCUAGUUAAAGGGUUUUUCAGAUUCAAUUAGAUCUGUUGACCAUACUUUUUUUAAUGGCUAGCUCAGCAUAUGAACUUCCCAAAAAUAUGUUUUGACUUUAAAGCAAGGAGAUGUUUCUAUUUUGAUAUUGUGAGAGAAAACAUUUGACAGUCAAAAUGAUUUGUUUUUGGAUACAUUGUUAUACAUUGUAAUCCAUGGCUAAUCUCUUUCUUUGUCAUUUAACAGUAAACAUAAUAGAUGGUGGUCAACUAACACAUAGUAGCCCACUAGCCCACAAUCAAGGUAGAAGUUAGUGAGUUGUGGAUCCCUCAGAGGGAAAUCCCCAAAUUCAGAGACGGUAACCAUCCCAAACUGAAGCAUUGUGAAAAUUACGAUGUGUGUCAGAAUGGGGCUUGUCCUUCACCUAGCCUGUAAUCACGUACCUAGUAUGGUUUGAUUGAUUCAUAAUCUAGGCCUACAGCAGUUGUUAAAUGUUUGGGAGCCAGGUUUAAGGUUAGACACAACUUAUUUUUACUCAUUGUCCUUCUCUACCAUCUCUACCUUUUGUGAUGAAGGCGGGGCUUGAAGGCCCGAGUGGGGCUUGAAUCCGGGACCUUGUGAAAUCUGAAACCCCUUGACAAGAUCAAAUCCAAUUUUAUUUGUCACAUGCACUGAAUACAACUGGUGUAGACCUCUCUCUCUCUCGCUCUCUCUCUCGCUCUCGCUCUCUCUCGCGUGUGAUCGUGAUGGCUUUGUGUGUGUGAGCCAUGGCCCCCUCUCUGACCACCCUGGGGAAGCUGCCUGUGGUGCGCUGUCGCCUGCUGCAGCGCUACGAGCACCAGCCCUUUGUCUCAUGCCUGGCCGGACUCUACGGCUGUCAAUGGAGUCGCUACCAGAGGACCCGCGCCACGCCGGGAGACUGCUGCUGCAGCAAGUUGGAAUGUGCCAGCUUUGCACUCCUCAUCGUGACAUUCUGUCUCACACUGGUCUUCCUCUACUUCUGGAGUGAAGCUCAGAAUGACUACAAUGAUUUUGACUGGUUUAACUUUGGGAACCUGGGUUUCUGGUUCCCCUGGUCUGUGGUGUUGCUGGUCAUCGCUGCCGCCUUCUUCAGCUACAUCACUCUGCUGCUGCUGUUGGCUGUAUGUCUGCUGUCAGAGGGACAGAAGCUGUACCUACACUGGGGCCACAAGAUUGGAGUCCUGGUGAGUCUAGCCUUCUCCAUUCUUGCCAUAGCAGUGCUGUCUGACCUAUGUAGCAAAGAGUGGACCACUCUUCUCCUCUCUUUCCAGGUGACGGCACCAUAUUUACACGUGGGAGGAGUCUUGCUGAUGACACUCCUUUCCUGGCCAAUAGCCUUGCAUUUCUACCACAUCAAUAGGAAAGUUGGGCAGGCGCUCAUCAUGGGGCUGUACCUGGCGGUGCUGUGUGCCCUCUACCUGGUGCCCCUGGGCAUGUACUCGCCCUGUCUUAAAGAGGAGGGCACUUUGGGCCUUGCACCAGCCCUCAUUGGGCACAGAGGGGCACCCAUGCUUGCGCCAGAGAACACUCUCAUGUCCUUUGAGAAGGCGGUGGAGGCUGGAGGGCAAGGUCUAGAGACUGACGUCACCAUCAGCUAUGACGGGGUGCCCUUCCUGAUGCACGACCACACCCUGAGGAGGACCACCAACGUGCAGGAGGUGUUCCCCAACCGGACGGACGCCCCUGCGGCCAUGUUCACCUGGGGGGAGCUGGAGACCCUCAACGCUGGGGCCUGGUUCCUCCAUCGUGAUCCGUUCAGCACGGCUUGGUCUCUGAGUGCCGAGGACCGGGCGCAGGCGCAGAACCAGUCUAUUUGCACCUUCAGGGACUUUCUGGAGCUGGCUUCGCAGAGAGGCAAACAGGUUAUCUUUGACCUCUACCGGCCCCCUAAGGGACACCCCUACAGGGACACCUGGAUCACACGCACCCUGGAGGUCAUCCAGAACGAGUCUUCCAUCCACUCACACCAAGUGUUGUGGCUGCCCUCAGACCUGCGGAGCCUGGUCCAGCAGCUGGACCCUGACCUCCAGCAUACCUCAGCGUCCCGGGCUCCAGUUGAGGAGCUCCAGCAGAAUCACAUUGUCCAACUCAACCUACACUAUAGCUCCAUGUCCACAGAAAUGAUAAUUGAGUAUGCAGCAGCCAACAUCAGCACCAACCUGUAUGUGAUCAGCCAGUCGUGGCUCUACUCUCUGGCCUGGUGCACUGGGGCCCAGUCUGUCACCACCAAUGCUCUACAGUUCCUCAACAACCUCAGUAGACCCCUCUUCCUUAUGACUCCAGAUGAGUACAAUCUGAUGUGGGUCCUCACCGACGUGGUGUCCAUCACCAUCAUCAUCAUCAUCUUCAUCUUCCACUGGUGGCGAGAACAAAGCCUGGCUUUCUGUUCGGGCAGCAAACCCACACUAGAACAUGGCACCUACAUCAAGUUUAGGACAGAUGUGUGGUCCGUCUCCAGUGUCAACAUCCUGGGAGAGCCCGCUGAGCCUAACUUGGCAACCGUCUCAGAGCACUGAUAACCAAUCAACCAACCUCUGUGAGGCUCAGUUGAAGCAAACCACUCCUCACUCUCCUUUUCAACUUCCCGGACCCCAAACUGGCAAUUCAC